AUGAUCAUUUUUUUUAUUAGAUCCUUUAUUUUUUCCUGUCUAAUAUGGAUAUUCAAAUAUUCUGACGAGUCAAAUAUCUACGAUAAAACGCGGAACAAGGAAUUGAACAUAAAUAACAUAUUAAAUAUUAAAUAUAGCAGAUUGUUAAGCAGUGAAAUAAGAGCAUCCCUGGAAGAAAACGAAAAAAUAUAUGAUUUAAAAGGAAAAAGUACUGCAUCAUUUGAAAAAAAACCAUAUGCAUUAAAGCAAUAUAACUUUUUUCAAGAAGAAGAUUAUGAAUCAAUAUACAAUGAUACGUAUCAAGAAGAAUUGAAUUAUUUUAUGCCACGUAAAAAACCUCAAAAAAUUGGAGCUUCUAACGUUAAGCAUAAUUUAAAAGAAAAAUCUCCUACAUUAGAACAUUAUAAUAAUAUUCAGAACAAUAAAAACCUACACAAAUCUUUAAAAAAGUUAUACUCAGAGAAUGAUUCAUCUUCAGACUACAUCAGCUCAAGUAAUAAACGUAAUUGUAUUAUUAAUAAAGAUAAAAUUAAUUUUUAUAAACAAUCACAAAAACAUCCAGUAAAUAUGCAAUUGCGUGCCCUUUUUUGCUUAUAUUAGUAAUGUUUUUCCGUUAAUUAUUUUUUUUUUUGUAUUAUAGUAUCCGAGAAUGCCAAAAUAAUUAUGUCUCUUAUUAUUUCAUAUUAUAAUCCAUUAUAUAUUUGUAUUACUAGUAAAAUUGUUUUUCAUAUUUCAUUCUGCUUCCUUGGAGAAUACAACUGUUUUAAAUUAAUAUACAUAAAACUAUCUCAUAAAUUAAUCUAA